AUGCUCUACGCAGUAAGGCAAGGGGCUCCUGUGUUACUUGUGCAUGCCCACAGCAAUGGCUGUGACAUUGGCGACAUGCGGCAGACGCUGCAGAGUAUUUCAGAAUCACUCAAGGUGCACGUCAUGUCUUUCGAAUUUCCAGGCUACGGCCUCCAUAUGGGCAGCGCCAGCAUGCGGUCUAUAGAUGAAGCAGCUGCAGCUGUCUUGAAUUACAUUGCCAACGACAUGAAGAUCAAUCUUUCGCAGGUGGUUUGGUACGGCCGCUCGAUUGGAUCGGGACCAGCUCUCCGAGCUGUACACCGCAUCUCGAAGGAGCUGAAGCAGCAGCCGGGCGGGGUUGUCCUGCAGUGUGGCUUUGCCAACUUCCCCGAGGUAGCUGGCCACCUGUUUGGCCGUGUAGCCAAGCGCCUGGUGAAUCGCUUGUGGCCAAAUGAGGCCGGUUCGGGUUCCGGAACAAGGCAGAGGUCCUGUUCUUCUCCGGAUUGGGCAUUUUCAACUUUGAAUUGA